CAUAAAAAUGGUUGCAAGUAAAAAGUGUAUCUGAACACAUUUAAAUUUGUAUAACUCUUUUUAUUUUUCAAAAGGAGAUGCAGGAUAUUCCUGUAGGAACUGGCUACUUACUCCUGUAAAUAUUCCACGCACAAGAUCUGAAAUGCGGUACAAUGAUGCACACAAAACAACUCGAUGUGUGAUUGAGAGGACCUUUGGAAUGCUCAAAAGCCGUUUUCGUUGUCUAGAUGAAUCCGGAGGCACUCUUCAAUACGUUCCUGAGAAAGUGGCUGUUAUGGUGUUGGUCUGUUGCAUGUUGCAUAACAUCGCUUUGCGACAAUCAAACAUAGAGGAACUGGAAAUAAUAACACCAGAUGAAGAUGGUGUUGAAUCUGUUCCUCAAGAUGUAGUUGAAGGGGGUACACAUGCACGUAACCAGUUGAUACAAACUCAUUUCGUAGGUUAACUAGAAAAUGUUUCUAAGUUCAAGCAUGAAAAUCUAUAAUUCAAAAAUGAGAAACGUUCUCCACAAAAUUAUUCACAAUUUAGAUGAUGAGAGUGAUGUGUAAUUCAAAAAUAAAUAUGUUCUGAUUGAUACAGUUGAAAAAAAAAAUAUUUGCAUAUGUUGUCUUUUCUUCUAUUUGUUAUUUGUUUAAAAAAAUUAAAAUAAAAUCAAAUUUUUUUUUAA